CGGGGGGGGAAACAGAAUUUCCCUCGAUGAUUUUGUGGUGUGCAAGGCAAACAGUGCGAGCGCGCUCCAGGGAGCCCUGCCUACGUAGACAUUUUGUCAGCCAGACAUAAUUUGUCACACCGAGACCCAUCUGUAGUUGCCUCAAUUACUCGCUAGACUCGCUCUGGGUCAUCACGUGCUGGACUCAGCACUGCAGCAUCAACACACAGGCUUUCUCUCUUUCCCUUGGAACCAUGGGGUUCAAAGGAUGAUGGCAUGUACACUACCGGGGGUGUCAUGGUGACGCCAUAAAUUGACCCGAGUCGUGACUAGCGGUUCUUGUGGGCGGCAAGUCUUGCAUCGCAAUUGGCUCUCACAAUUGGCCGCAAAUGUACUGUCAAACUUGAAAGGCUGGUUGAAGGGCCUCGUUGGACGAGCUUGCCAGGACUUCAAUGAAGUUGUGUCCUGUUUGUGAGUCAAUGAAACAAUCGUGGACUCCACCGUCCGGGGCGGUAUACAGUGUGCGAGGACCUUGGGCGAUUGAAAAUUGCAUGCAGUGGAUUGGGUUCAAUCCGAGUGAUGAGUACUACUCCUACUGUAGUAUAUCAUAUAUAGUAUUACAUAAUAGUAUUACACUGCAAUUGGCAAUUGCAUCAUUGCCGCAAAGUGCGGCGCCGGCAUGAAUGCCUUUUGUAGGUUUGCAAAUAUGGUAAAAAAAUGCCAUUUGAGGUUGUACUGCAAUGAUUUGCUAUAUAUCAAUUUGCAAGCAAGUUACAAUUGUAGCCGGGCUCCGAGCCGGGCUACGAGUCGUGCCGCACAAUUGGCGGCCAUACUAUUAAUUCACCAUGUGAGGAGUGAUCUUAAUAAUAUAAGAUUAAUAUAGGAUAUGUUUUACCUAUAUAUUAAACCUUUUUUUUUUAAUUUAAAGUAUAU